AAAUGAUAGAGACAAAAGGAGGAGGAAGGUCUCUCUCCUCUCUAGAUGAUGUGCAAAAUUCCCAUUUUCAUCGUCCUCUUCUCCAUCCCCGAACCUUCAACUUUUCCCCUAAAUAACCUCCCAUACGUUCCAAAGUUUUUGGCGUUCCAAAUUUCUCUCUUUAUUGUCAGAUUUUUCUAGAAUAUUUUUUUGCCAUAAGAAGAUGACAUUUCCAGCUAAUAUUCUUGGUUUUUCCACCCCUUUCACCUGAAAUCUUUAUAUUGAUUCGUGUUGUAAGAGAUCUGAGAUUUUUGGGUUUUGAAAGCUUGAAAACUCUCUAUUUAUCUUCUUGAUUCUUGUGUGGUUUUGUCAUAAAGAUUGGAUUUAGAUCUUGUAAAUCGCUGUUAUUCUUGAAAUUCAGAAGCUCAAUUGGCCGAUAGAUCCAAAAGGUGGGGAAAGUUUAAGAACUGAAGGUUUAGUUGAGGGAACUGAAGCUUUGAUAAAAAGACAGAUUUUGAUAGAUAUUUGUCUGUAUUUGGCUCAAAUCUUGAGAUCCAUUGUUUGUAAAGGGUUGAAGUUAAUAGCGUUAUGGGGAAUUGCUGUGCUGUACCAAAAACGUCCGACGAGGUAAAAAAGGGGAAGCAUAAGCCGAACCCCUUUGCUAUUGACUAUGCUGGUAAUCAAGCAAUACCUAAUGGGGGAUUCAAAUCCUAUGUGUUAAGCAAUCCAACAGGCCAUAAUAUUGAGCAGUUCUAUGAGCUCGGUCGUGAACUAGGUCGUGGUGAAUUUGGGGUUACAUAUUUAUGUACGGACAAAUCUAGUAGGGAAGUUUUUGCUUGUAAAUCGAUGUCCAAGAAGAAAUUAAGAACGAGAGUGGAUAUCGAGGAUGUAAGGAGAGAGGUCGAGAUCAUGAAAAAAUUGCCUAAGCAUCCCAAUAUUGUAAGUUUGAAGGAUACUUAUGAGGAUGAUAAUGCAGUCCACAUAGUGAUGGAGUUGUGUGAGGGUGGUGAAUUGUUUGAUAGGAUUGUUGCUAGAGGACAUUAUACUGAGAGAGCUGCAGCUGCUGUUACUCGCACAAUUGUUGAAGUUAUUGAGAUGUGUCAUAAGCAUGGGGUCAUGCAUCGUGAUCUUAAGCCUGAAAACUUUUUGUUUGCAAAUAAGAAGGAAACAUCUCCACUAAAGGCUAUUGAUUUUGGGCUAUCAGUUUUCUUCAAGCCUGGCGAGAGAUUUAAUGAGAUUGUCGGAAGUCCUUAUUAUAUGGCUCCUGAGGUGCUGAAGAGAGACUAUGGUCCAGAAGUUGAUGUUUGGAGCGCUGGUGUGAUUCUGUACAUCUUAUUAUGUGGUGUUCCUCCUUUUUGGGCAGAAACUGAACAAGGAGUUGCCCGGGCAAUCAUUCGGUCUGUUGUGGAUUUUAAAAGGGACCCUUGGCCUAAGGUUUCUGAUAGAGCAAAGGACCUUGUGAAGAAGAUGCUCAACCCUGAUCCCAAGCAGCGCCUUACGGCGCAGGAAGUUCUGGAUCAUCCUUGGUUACAAAAUGCAAAGAGUGCUCCAAAUGUUUCAUUAGGUGAAACCGUGAGAGCUAGGCUCAAACAAUUUUCAAUGAUGAACAAACUGAAGAAACGAGCUCUUCGGGUGAUCGCUGAGCAUUUGUCAGUGGAGGAAGUGGCGGGCAUAAAGGAAGGAUUCAAAAUGAUGGAUACUGGUAAUAAGGGGAAGAUUGACAUUAAUGAGUUGAGAAUUGGGUUGCAGAAACUUGGUCAUCAGAUGCCGGAUGCAGAUCUUCAAGUUCUUAUGGAAGCUGGUGAUGUUGAUAAGGAUGGAUAUCUCGAUUGCGGAGAGUUUGUUGCAAUUUCCGUACACUUAAGGAAGUUGGGCAAUGAUGAGCAUCUAUGUAAAGCUUUUGAAUUUUUCGAUAGAAACCAAAGUGGGUAUAUAGAGAUUGAGGAGCUAAGGGACAGCUUUGCUGAUGAGGAUGAGAGCACCAGUGAAGAAGUUAUCAAUGCCAUUAUCCAAGAUGUUGACACGGACAAGGAUGGACGUAUAAGUUAUGAUGAGUUUGCUUCAAUGAUGAAGGCUGGUACAGACUGGAGAAAGGCAUCAAGACAAUAUUCAAGAGAACGUUAUAAUAGUCUCAGCUUGAAAUUGAUGGAGGACAGUUCAUUACAAAUGAGCAACGAGGGUAGAUAACUUAAAACGACCGCAGAAUUUUAAUCCCAGAUGCAAGACUCUUGAGCAACAAAAAAGUAUGUUAUUUUUCUGCCAAAGAUCUCUCAUUUUAUUUUAUUUCUACAUGUUAUUUGCUUGUAGUCCCUUCUGUUGAUUAUUAUUGGGUAUAGGGCCUCAUGUUCAUGUUUUUUGUUCAUUGUAAUUAUGCUGCUUUAUUAUUUUAGAGGGAUUGAAGGAAUUUGGAGAGAAUUAUUUGUGGUUGUAAAUAUGCUGCUGUUCAUUCAAUUAAUCGGUUCUAGAGGUCUCGUCAUUCAAAUUUCGAAGUCCA